ACCAACAAUCUAACAACUGAAUGCGACUUAAUAAAUCUAACACGAUUAGACAAAAGUAUAAUUCUACAAUUUGCUAAAGUGAGAAGAUUUACUAGCCUUUCUGCUCUUGUGACACAAGACUGCUUACGUCUAUUAUAUCACCACAUGCGAGAUUCGGAAAUUGAAGUUUUAAGGGAAUUGGACAUAUUUUCACACAGAAAGCUCACAUCUACCAUGCCAAAGAUGACAAAAUGGUUGCAGAAUUCAACUAGAGAUGUACAAAUGAUUAUAAAUAAAUAUAGAGCAUUCACGGAAUCUGCAGAUUAUCUGACCAAGUUGUUUUCUCGAAAGGAAAUCACCAUUGACCAAUCACCAUUACGCUUAAGACCACCAGAUCGAAUACUCAAUAAAUCGGCUGCUUAUGUAGUUGUUGGUGGUUUAACUGGACUUGGGUGGCAGUGUGUUAAAUGGCUGGCUGAACAUAACGCUGGGUUUAUUGCUUGUUUCAACCGCAGAAAUCCCACCAGGGACGACGAGAUCAAAAUGGAAAUAUUAUCCGAUAAAUGCUGUUGUAAGAUUUUUGCUGUACAAACAGACGUAACAAAUUUUAUUUCUUUGGAAGGGUCGUUUGAAGAGCUCAUGCACCAAUUCCCGAUGAACCCCGUUAAAGGCGUGAUCUUCGGAGCAGGUGUAUUGAGAGAUUCUACAUUGAUUAACAUGACGGAGAAACAAAUAACAGAAGUCUUAGAUCCUAAAAUUGCUGGGGCUUGGAACAUGCACUUAGCAACAGAAACCAAAAAUAUUAAAUUGGAUUUCUUUAUUCUUCAUUCUUCAAUAACAUCAGUAUUCGGGGCACCAGGGCAGAGUAAUUAUGGGGCGGGAAAUGCUUUCCAGGACAGCUUAGCAUUUUAUCGCCGAUCAAAGGGAUUACCCGCACAAAGCAUAAACUGGGGACCUUUAGACAUGGGAAUGUUGGAAAAUGUCAAUGAUAAUUUGCGUAAUAGACAAAGACUAGAAAAGCAAGGUUACCGUCUAAUUUGCAAAGACGAUAUUGGACAUUGCCUAGAAUCUGCCAUUUUAUCAGAUCUUCCACAGAUUAUUGUAACUGAUCUAAAUUUAGAGGUCCUUAAAACUACUCUGUUGGGGAACAAAGACAUGUUUGCCAUAGAAAAGCUUCGUGGUACAUUACAGAAAUCUGGAAAUAUCACUGAAGUAACUGCGGACACAAAUUCUGAAACAAUACAAAUAAGUACCCACGUUUUACAGUCAGCAACUACCGAAGAAAGAAUAUCAAUGAUCGAAUCUUACAUUUCUCAAUUAGUAUGUAAAGUUCUGAUUUUAGAUGAAAACAGUUUAUCGUCGAACAACUGUCUAGUGGAUGAAGGAAUGGAUUCAAUGUCAGCUAUGACAGUUGUGAACGAAGUAAAGAAGAAUAUUAGCUCCACAAUACCUAUUAGUUUAUUAUUUUCACCAGAUACAACUGUAGCUAGUCUUUCAAGUUUUAUAAAUGAGAAUAUCAGGAGUAGCAAUGAGGUUGACUGUCAAGAUGACAACGUUAACAACCAACAAACCAUAUCCCACAUGGAAUACAGAUAUUACAAAUUAAACCAAAAUCCACAAGCUUGCAAAGCAUUCCACCUAUUAUUUGAUAUGGAAUUUUCAGAUUUAAGCCUGGAUAAAGAGAAAAUGAACAGUUUGUUGUUGGAAAUAACGAACAGAAAUCCUAUUCUUAGAACAACUUACUCAGGAGUAUUGCGUCCAGGAGGCUCAAAAGAGGACAUCAAAAGAAAUCUGAUUGAAGCAAACCAAGCACUUGAUCUGAUUGUAAUCGACAAAGACACUCGAAACAUCGAUGAAGCAUUUGAAAAGGAAAGUAUGGAACACUUUGAUUUGAAGUCCAAAGGACCCGUCCGUUUCAUAUACCACACAAAUGGUUCAUCUAUGCGAAUCGCCAUUAUAUGCAAUCACAUAGCAUUUGACAUACAAGCGAUGAACAUGUUAUUGAAGGAAUUCAUAAACUGCUUGAAAAGUGCCUGUAUGUACGGCGACCUUAAACAUCUUCCAAUACCAACAUCUGAAAAUAAUAGAUUGGCAGCGAAUAUAAUGCAUGGGGAACUAGAAUCAUCAUCUAGUGCGAUGAAGAGUUUUUGGAAAGAGGAGCUAUCUAAGGGCGUCCCGUUGAUUUCUAUCGAUUCUCCCAAAAGAUGUGACUUACACGGUCUUUCAGUUACAGCUCAUAGACAAUUAUCUGGAGUACUACACAAUAAUCUAAGUAGACUAAGCAAGACACUACGGACAACAACCCCUAAGAUAAUGAUGUCUAUGUAUCAGCUGUUUUUGAGUCUUCGGUCUGGAAAUCGUAGAGUAUUUAUUAUUCUACCCGAAGACCUUCGGGGGUUAUUACCAGCUACUAAAAACUUUAUGGAAUGCUUAAUAAACCAUAUUCCAAUUUUUGCAGAUAUAGAACAUUCCAUGUCCGUGAAAGAUUUUCUUGUUACUAACUCCAAACACGUCAAUGACAUUCUUGAUAACAGUCUGUUUCCCUAUGAUGAAAUAGAAAAACUUAUACCUAAGGAUGCUAACAAAGACUUGUACCGCCAUGUUUUGACUUUUAACGAUUAUUCAUUUGUUGAUCAAUUAACAGCAAUGAAGGAUGGAAUUGAACUGCAAGUGAAAGAAACCAAUAAUGAACAUAUUUUUGGCGAAUCCUUUUUAUUCGUUUUCACUAAAUUUAAUGCCCAAACAACGUCACUAAAGCUGCAGUUGUGUGCAGAGAUGUACAGUCAAUCUGAUGUAGAAGAUCUUAUUGACCAAAUUAUUGAACUUUUACAAGAAAUGGUUGAUCAGCCCGAAAUUAAAAUCGGACAGCUAAAAAUGGCAGCACCUAAAGAACAUUAGAGGGGAAAUUCUGACGAGAAACAUCUACAAGAAUGUGACAAAUGAUGGUGUAAAAAGAAUUUAAGUGACGGCAUUCAAUGUUAUUUUAAAGAAAGGGAAAGUAAUAGGCUGGUAUGAGUACUUCGAAUUUACGUAAGCGGGGGGGGGGGGGGGGAAAUCCGGAACAAACGAUUCUUGCUUUUUAUGAAAGGUCUAUAUGAGUACAACUUCAGGGGAAAAAAAUCCACCGAAAAUCGGCCAUGGGCAAAAAGAGUUAUAGGCGUUUUGGUUUUCGUACCCAUUCGACUUAUCAAUCCACCAUUUCGUCUCUUUUUCUUUGGCAUUCCGAGGAUAUAUUUGUGCAUCACAAAUGCCUAUCCGCUAUUAGACAAUCGACACAAGUUAGUAGAUUCCCAUGUUGGGAAAUUCUGAUUGUAAAGACAUCCAUGAUUGCCCCACCCAAAAGGCUAAGUUCAAUCAGCGCAUUUACUAGCUGCAUGAAAUUGUUUGCAUAAUGUUCAGCAUUGUCACGAGCAUCAGAAGUGACACUGUCAGAUAUUUUCAGUGUUGAGGUAAACUCGUCAGGCGCCUCUAAUUGCCCCACACCCAUAUGCAAAAUUUUCAGCAAAUUUACAUAUAUCAAAAGACCACCUUCAGACAUUUCAGUGGUGGGCUUUCUCCGCAGGCCUGGGCGAUUUAUCUACUACUACUCAAUACUAACUAAAUGCUACCUCAUUAUUGUGGGAAACUACCAUAAUACUUCAAUUAUGUUGGGUGGUAUUGGGUAAACUUCCUACCGUCCCCUCCAGACGCUCCUAUUUCCCCAACACCAAAGGCUAAGAGAGAGAGAGAAAUGGGGUUUAACUACCACUCGACACAACUAGGUCAUUUCGGGACUAACAUAUGGUUUAAUUUUAUUUCAAUAAUUCGCCUGCGCAUAGGGGUCUUUAGCAGUGGGAGGAAACCCACGAGGUUGGACAGGCGACCCUACUCCUUGUCACGUACAACCGGGGAUUCAAAACCACGCCAGUCGACUCAAUGACAGACUUUAUGAUACAGCGCGCGCUAACCAUUCAGCCACCGGAACCUAACUUCCUGACUUUUGGCCCCAGAUUGUCCGAAAAAUCGCCCUUUUUAGCUUGUGGUCCCUCUGGAGAUCACAAUUAUUACCGGAUUUAAAUAAAAACGUUUGAUUAUAUCACCGUUACACCGUAAGGAAGGUUGAGUUAGAAUUUCGUGAAAAUCGGACCAAAAUUACCGGACAGAAUGGCCGCCGUUUGUACGCGAAUAGUGUAAAAAUAUGGUAUAUCAAGGUCGUGGACCCUAUAGAGGUCACAAUUUUUAUCCAAUUUUGUUGAACCUUGAAAUGUAAGUUUAUAACCCAAAGAUUUCGGUUACUGUCGAUAUUCGCGCAUAUCGGAUGUAACUUCCUGAAUUAUAGCCCCUGAUUGUACGAAAAAUCGCGUUUUUAGCUUGUGGAUCCUAUAGAGGUCAUAAUUUUUAUCCUGUUUAAAAAAAAAACGUUUGAAUAUAUCACCGUUACAACCUACGGGUGGCUGAGUUCGAAUUUCGUGAAAAUCGGACCAAAACUGACAGACAAAAUGGCCGCCCCUCGUACUCAAAUAGCGUAAAAAAAAAUAUGGUAUAUCAAGGUUGUGGAUCCUCUAGAGGUGACAAUUUUCUUCUGAUUUUGAUGAAACUUGAAAUGUAAGUUUAUAACCCAAAGAUCUUGGUUCCUUACCAUAUUUGCGCAAUAUCGGAUCGUAACUUCCUGAAUUAUGGCCCCUGAUUAGCUUGUUCUCUAUCCAUCUCUUGCAAAAUGUGGGCGUAUCCUGCCUGGCAGCCGCUGGUUCAGUAGUGGUGUAUCCCAGCCAGAAGUCUAAUUGCUCCACCCAAAAACUAAUGUAAAUUACCACAUGGCUAACGUAUAAAAUGUAUCUGAAAACCAUCAACAUAUUCCAUCGAAUCAUAAAUGGCCACUCCCAAGUAUUUUCAGUGAACAUACGAACUGUAAAUCGGACCGUUUCCAACAAUAAUUGACUGACCGCGCUCACUGUAACUCUUUAUGGCGAGAACGAACGCAUCCCUUGAUGACCCUAAUGAUUCUGAUCAUGAAUCCUUGACAGACGAAUCCAAUUCCGAUCCAAAAGAGGACGAGUAUACUAGUCUUUUUUUAGAUGCUCACUGACUAUUGAAUUACCUGAUACAGGACAUUUCAGAUGUUUAUUUCUGACGAAGUGUCGAUGCAAAUUCUCUCGUCGCUAUUAUUGAAAUGGUAAAGAGAUCAGCGUCACCACUCACCAGCUCUCCUCCACAUUACCCCCUGAUACAUAUAACACUCUUCGCGACAGAUUGAAGCCAAUGCCAAACUACACAUCCUGGUGAAAUGCAGCCAUACCAAUAAUAUCAACCAUCUAAAAAUCUAUCCAAGCACCUACUAGAACAUCUCAGAAUGAAUAUAUUACGAAAACUGUUAUCAAUCUUAGACUCCUCACAGGUAACAACCACUCCAAAAGAGAACACGAAGCUGCAAUAAUGGAUAUAGCUGACUAUGUCAGCAUUGUCAACAAGACGGGUAACGAAAAAAAACCUUUCCGCUCAUCAAACUUAACACCCGAAACACGUUUGGCACAACCAAAAUCAACCUAAAUCCGAGACUGUCUACCACAAAACAGUCCAAUACCUUUCGAAUUUUUAUUCUUACUGGACUCCAAAGACUUUUGUAAUAACAUCAACGUAACUUCCCCCCCCCCCCCUACACUUUACUAGACCAGCGUAAUGGUAAUAAGUUCACUAUAUAUACAGAAAAAUCCAAAAACUACCGUAAAGUACCUAAAACAAAUUUGAUACCCGAAAUACCAAAAAAUCACUAAAAUACCGAAAAAACAACACUAUUUACCGAAAAAAAAACUAGGCCACACAUAAAAAUUGUUUUGUGGGUCAUGGGUCAGGCUAGGUCACGCAUAAAAUAAAGAGAAAAAUUGGUCAUGGGCAAGGGUAAGGGUGAGUAAGACGAUGGCUCGCUAGCCUAGAGGUCUCGCCAGUUCGAUCCCGGUGUUGGCCGAGAAAGAUCAUCGGGGUUUUACAAGGAUUAUUCAUUUUGAGGUCGGAUACCAAAACCAAAUCGUCCGUAAAGAAAUUGCCCAAGGUAGAUUGCGGUGGUUUCUUUUCUUGGGUACUAUGUACAUACCUCCUUACUAAAAAGCAAAAAUCAUUUGUUCGGAAUUUUUUUCUCCAGGUUGUAGUGUCUCCUAUCAGCCAAGUUAUAUUCAUGGUUUAAAUAUAAUGGUCGUACACAACUCUUUGGAUUAUUUUAUUUGCAAAAUAAAGUCUGAUUUCUGAAAUAGAUAUUAUAGGUAAAAUUAAUUAUAUUUAUGAUAUGUUCGUUAAAAAAGUAUUAACAUUAGUGUUACUUUGCUCUUAUUUUGUAAACAAAUUUUCACAAGUUGAUUUCCUUUUUUUUGUUAAUGUAGAAUGGUAAUGAACUGCUCUUUUCAUUUUCUUUGUUUCGUUUGAAUUUGAUUUAUCAGUUUAGUUUUUGAUUGUUUAAUUUUUGUUAAUGAAGUUGAUUCUUUUAAACUUCGUUUUUAUUUUUAUACGUCCACAUUCAUAAUGUGAACGUAUUAUGCCGUCGCCCCUGUCUGUGUGUGUGUGUGUGUGUGUAUGUAUGUAUGUGUGUGUGUGUGUGUGUGUGUCUGUGGUUCGCCUACAGGGCGCAAUUCUUCAUGGAUUUUCUUCAAACUUGGUAUACUUAUUCCUUAUACCCCAAGGAAGAUCCCUAUUGUUUUUGGUGCAUGCCCGACCCCCCGGGGCAGAGCCACGCCCAUUUCUAGUAUUUGUUUGUUUGUCGUCUACAGGCCACAUUUCUUAACUAAUAAUCUUGAAACUUUGCAUACACAUUCUUUGUACCCUAAGGAACAUCCCUAUCGUUUGGGGUGCAUGCCCAACCCCCAGGGGCAGAGCCACGCCCAUUUUCUUUUCGUGUGUCUUUGUGUCGCCUACAGGGCGCAAUUCUUACUGGAUUUUCUUCAAACUUGGUAUACUUAUUCCUUAUACCCCAAGGAAGAUCCCUAUUGUUUUUGGUGCAUGCCCGACCCCCAGGGGCAGAGCCACGCCCAUUUCUAGUAUUUGUUUGUUUGUCGUCUACAGGCCACAUUUCUUAACUUAUAAUCUUGUUUUCUAUUAUUUUUGGUGCAUGCCCGACCCCCUGGGACAGAGCCACGCCCAAAAUUUGUGUGCCUUUUGUGUCGCCUACAGGCCGCCCAAUUUUUAUGUUUAUCGUUUACUUGGCAGAUGUAUUCCUUAUAGCCUAAGGGCAUCAACUAUUGAUUUUGGGGAAUGCCCCGACCCCCAGGGACAGAGCCACGCCCAAUUUUUGCCUUUAACGCCCAAAGGCCACAAUUUUGAAUGGAUUAUCUUGGAACUUGGUAUACUUAUUCCUUAUACCCUAAGGACGGCAACUAUUGAUGUUGUCAUUUCAAUAACAGGAUAUGGUCCCUAUUUAUAUUGUUUCCAUAUCCAACCCCCACGGGCAGAGCCACGCCCAGUUUUUGUAUUUAUCGUCUACAGGCUGCAAUUCUGAAUGGAUCAUCUUGGAACUUUGCAUAUUUAUUCCUUAUACCAUAAAGACAGCAACUAUUUAUUUUGAUGCUUGCCCCGACCUACUGGGGCAGUCUCACACCCACUUUGUUAGUAUUUUGUCUGUAAAUUUGGCAAAACAAACCCGACGCCUAGCCUUCUUUGCCUCUGAUCAUAUUACAGGCAUUUCAUAUUUCAUUCUCUUCAUUUUAAAAAGUACCAUAUCAAUCAAAGCUGGAAUGUGGACGUAUAUUGCAGCGUUAGCGAUGCUCUUGUUGAACUCUACUUGGUGUAGGUGUUCAUCAGGUAAUACCUCGACUGAGUUCAAUGUAGAGAUUAGCCGGUUGAUUUGUUGGAUAUAAACCUUUGAAUAAUAGCGCCUAACAGGCAGCUGUGUUUAAUUAUGUUCUCCUGAUUUUGAUUGUUUUUGUGUGUUUGAAGUAUAUGUUUGUGAUAUGCGCUUAGAAACACUUCACGUGUAAUGAAGCGCUAUAUAAAUCGAACAAUAAUAAUAAUGGUUAUAUUCUAGCGAGGACAAAUUGAUUUUUUUCUGUUUUGAUAUUCCUAUGGGAUUUACUUACUUCUGUUAGUAGUAAUGUUAUCACCCCCCCCCCCCCCCGCGCACACACACUCACCCACGCACUCAUAUACCCCCACAUACACACAAACACCAGAGCUAGUGGAAAUAUGUGUAAACACUUAUUUGAAAAAUACAUUUAGGUCUACAUUAGUUACUUUAGGAACUGUCUCUGAUCGGACGAUAUCCGCUGACAGUUCCAAUCGCUUCCUAUAUAGCUGCUAUAUGAAAAUACGUUAAAAUACCGCUCUUCACCAACUCUGUUCUCAGGCUAUUUUGGAAACCUUGCCUUCUAUUUUACACCGUGAAUGUUUGUUUUUUGCAAAAAGGAAUCAUUUCUCCUCAUAUCUGACACAAAUUUAUAAUAAUUCAACAUUAUGUUCAAGUAGAGUUUAGCGAUUAAAUAAACAUGCGGUCCCCUGCGCAUGUUCGAGUCUCGUAAUGGCUGAUCAGUUCAAACUUAUUUUGUGUAUGUUUUUAAUCGCAGAAUUCUACUUGAAAAUAGUGUUCAAUUAUUAUAAAUGUGUGUCAGCUGUGGCAAGAAAUGAUUCCUUUGGCAAACAAAGAAGAAUCGGGCUGACAAAUAGUCGGUAAGGAUUCCAAAAGGUGGGGAUGAUAAAUGGUAUUUUCAUAUUACAGUUAUAUAGGGAACUGUCAGCGGAUAUCGUCCAAUCAGAGACAGUUCCUUAAAAGGACAAUAACACUCUUGCUGGCUUAACAGCUCCAAAAAAAAUAAAAAAAUAACCUUAUUCUAAGUACUAGAUGUGUUAGUGUCCUACCUGUUGUGUAAAUUAUCCAUUAAAUCCUAUUUUACUUGUCCAGAGGGUUCAAAAAUAUUUUUAAAUCCAAGUCACAUUUGAACAGCUUUACGUCAGGCUUUUCAAAUCAUUUAGUUGAAUUUUUUCAAUUUUUUAAAUUAGAUGUGUUAAGAUGAAAUUUGUAUCAUCAAUUAAUUGGAAUAUUGUAAAAUAGUGCAAUUUGUUGACCAGAAUAAAGAUUGGAACAUAUUAUUCAGUUACAACAAGAGUGGUAUUGAGCCUUUAAAGGAACAGGUCUACGCGUGUUGUUGAAUGUGUAAAAGCGAAAUAUUUUCUUAUCUUGAACUGUAGUACUGUUUUUAUAAUACAUGAAUAACAUGUUUUAUUGUAACUAUUGAAUAAACGCAAGACAUAUCGUA